AUGGAGGAGGCAUUGGACUGGGUGUCUGACAAUCAGGGCACUGUUGCUUUGACUUGGGUUGCUGUGGUGUUUGCAACUGCUGUUUGGUGGUUCACGACAAAAGGAGACUCUGAAGCUGCCGUGGACUUUGAAGUGCCUUUGCCAGAGCAGUGUGAAGAUGGUUGGCAGGGCGAGGUUUUGCGGGAGCCUGGUUUGAAGAUCUCGGGCUCUUCUGCUGUUCAAUGUUACUGUCCAGCAACGGGUCAAUUGCUCGGUGUCAUCAAUCCAUCUACUCCCGACGGAAUCGACAGAGCUAUUACGCGUGCUCAUGAGGCUCAACGCACUUGGGCAUUGACAACCUUCUCACAACGCCGAAGAGUGCUCAAAACAUUGUUGAAAUACGUUCUUACUCAUCAAGACGACAUCGCCACAGCAGCAUGUUUGGAUUCUGGCAAGACACGUGUAGAUGCUCUGUUUGGCGAGAUUCUCGUAACAGCCGAGAAACUCAAGUGGACUAUCGACCAUGGCGAGAAGGCCUUGAAGCCCUCAUCCCGUCCUACUAAUCUACUCAUGAUGUACAAGUCCAACUCUGUGGUCUACGAACCUUUGGGUGUCGUGGCCGCCUGCGUCAGCUGGAAUUAUCCUUUCCACAACCUCCUGGGGCCCAUCAUCUCGGCACUGUUUACUGGAAACGCAAUCAUUGUCAAGGGAUCUGAGCAGACUGCUUGGUGCUCAGUGUUCUUCGCGGACAUCGUCAAGGCUGCUCUGGUUGCUUGUGGACACAGUCCUGAGCUGGUACAUGCCGUCACUUGCUGGCCUACCACAGCUGAACACCUUACCUCGCACCCUGGAAUCUCACACUUGACUUUCAUCGGCAGCAAGCCAGUCGCCCACCACGUUUGCACUUCAGCGGCCAAAUCUCUGACUCCAGUCGUUGUAGAGCUCGGUGGCAAAGAUGCAGCCAUCAUUCUCGAUGCACCUAACGGAAAAGCUAUGGCUAAAUCUGAGCUCUCGAGGAUCGAAAGUAUUAUCAUGCGCGGCGUCUUCCAAUCUGCAGGCCAAAACUGCAUUGGCAUUGAGCGAGUGGUAGCUAUGCCUCUAGCCUACGAAUACCUUCUAUCUGUCCUUCCCCCUCGUAUCCGCUCUCUCCGCCUCGGCAACGCACUUACCUCACCCGACGUAGAUGUCGGCGCCCAGGUCAGCCCCGCCAGUUUCACAAAACUCGAAUCUCUGAUCGCAGAAGCCGUUUCUCAAGGUGCUGUUCUCCUUGCAGGAGGAAAGCGUCAUUCUCACCCCAAGUACCCCCAAGGCCAUUACUUCACACCCACUCUUCUCGCAGAAGUAACGUCAGACAUGAGAAUCGCACAGGAAGAAUGCUUUGCACCCAUCUGCUUACUCAUGAGAGCCGAAACCCCCACCCACGCCAUCAGCAUCACAAACAGCACAAUCUACAGCCUAGGCUGCAGUAUCUUCGGCCCCGCCACCUCUCCCUUGCAAGAAGUAGCUUCAGCAGUAAAAUCCGGCAUGGUAGCCAUCAACGACUUUGCAGCCUACUACGCCGUCCAAUUACCCUUUGGCGGUGUGGGUGGCAGUGGCUAUGGCAGAUUUGCCGGCGAAGAAGGACUAAGAGGGUUGUGUAAUGCAAAGAGUAUUUGUGUGGAUAGAUGGCCAGGACUUAUCAAGACUGCUAUCCCAGCGGGGUUGGAUUAUCCGAUGAGGGAGACGGCGUGGGAGAUGGGGAAGGGGGUUGUGGAGUUGGGGUACGGGGAGACUGUGUGGAGGAAGAUUGGGGGGUUAAAAAGGAUGCUUGCUGGGAUGUGA